UAAAAUGUUAUUGCCAUCUCUGUACAAAAGACAACUUUACGUGUGUGACAGAUGGGCUCUGUUUUACCUCAGUAACACGGACUGUGGACAAAGUCAUACACAAUAGCAUGUGCAUAGCAGAAAUUGAUCUGAUUCCCCGAGACAGGCCGUUCGUUUGUGCCCCCUCCUCCAGAGACGGAGUGAUUACUUUGCCUCAUUGCUGUGACAAAGACCUCUGCAAUAAAAUAGAGCUUCCGAUUCCAACACCAGGCCCAACUCCAGGAAAACCUGCUUCUAACCUAGGACCUGUGGAAUUGGCAGCUGCCAUUGCCGGCCCUGUCUGCUUCCUCUGCAUUUCGCUUAUGUUGAUUCUGUAUCUGUGUCAUAAUCGUACGGUAAUUCAUCACCGUGUACCAAGUGAAGAAGAUCCCUCAUUAGAUCGUCCCUUCAUAUCGGAAGGAACUACUUUAAAAGAUUUAAUUUAUGAUAUGACAACUUCAGGCUCUGGGUCAGGUUUACCUUUACUUGUGCAAAGAACAAUUGCAAGAACUAUAGUACUUCAAGAAAGCAUCGGUAAGGGUCGCUUUGGCGAAGUCUGGCGAGGAAAGUGGAGAGGAGAAGAAGUAGCUGUGAAGAUAUUCUCUUCAAGAGAAGAACGCUCAUGGUUUCGUGAGGCAGAAAUUUAUCAAACAGUUAUGUUACGUCAUGAAAACAUUCUUGGAUUUAUAGCUGCAGACAAUAAAGAUAAUGGUACGUGGACCCAGCUGUGGUUGGUGUCAGACUAUCAUGAGCAUGGAUCACUCUUUGAUUACCUGAACAGGUAUACAGUGACCGUGGAAGGAAUGAUAAAAUUAGCUUUGUCCACUGCCAGUGGCCUUGCACAUCUUCACAUGGAAAUUGUUGGCACACAAGGAAAACCUGCAAUUGCCCACAGAGACUUGAAAUCAAAAAACAUAUUGGUGAAAAAGAAUGGAACAUGUUGCAUUGCAGAUCUAGGAUUGGCUGUAAGACACGAUUCAGCUACAGACACCAUUGAUAUUGCUCCAAAUCAUAGAGUGGGAACAAAAAGGUACAUGGCUCCUGAGGUUUUAGAUGAUUCCAUAAAUAUGAAACACUUCGAGUCAUUCAAGAGAGCAGACAUCUAUGCAAUGGGAUUAGUAUUUUGGGAAAUAGCUCGGCGAUGUUCAAUUGGUGGAAUCCAUGAAGAUUACCAGUUGCCAUACUAUGACCUUGUCCCUUCAGAUCCUUCAGUUGAGGAAAUGAGAAAAGUUGUUUGUGAGCAGAAACUAAGGCCCAAUAUUCCAAACAGAUGGCAGAGCUGUGAGGCGUUACGAGUAAUGGCAAAAAUUAUGCGGGAGUGCUGGUAUGCCAACGGAGCCGCUCGGCUCACGGCUUUGCGCAUUAAGAAAACGUUAUCACAACUUAGCCAACAGGAGGGGAUAAAGAUGUAAUCCUGGCUUUGCUACUGAGGAGUACUGUCAAAAUCUACCCGCGCAGGUGGCGUGUUACGAAGGUUAAUUGUUCUACCUCACUGAGGGAACAGGAGGAUAUUGCUGCCUUUUAAUACUUCAUAGGAACAUCACUUCUUAGCCCCAGGAUUUUUGCGGACGUGCUGAACAGUUGUGUUGGGUCCUUUCUGUGCACUAUGAACACCUCUCUCCCAGAAUACUUAGAAACUCUUGUGUAGUCUAGUUUUAUUUUUUUAUUAACCUGUAAAUUCUUAUUUGGCAAGUUACUAGCUGGUGUUGACUUCUAGUUAACUGUGCUAAAAACAAAAUGAAGGUCACUUCUGAAAUGGAACAGUUUACUAAAUUAUUCUGUAGUGCAUUGAUGGCUUUUUAAGCAACUUUAGUCCUGGCUUGGUACAUUGAGUAUUCUGAACCAUUGUUACAGUUCUUUGAUUCAGAUUUUGAAUGUACGUUGCAGUAUAAUCUGCUAGCUAUAAGGUUGUGUACCUUUUGGACUCUUACCUUGAUUUACAAAAUGACCUCUUUCACUUGUGGGGAACAUAAUUUAUGCAACUAUACUUUCUACAUGCUUACGUUCCUUUUUUUCUCUCCUCUUUUUUAGAGCAUUACAUUGCCUUCAAAGUAGAUUGUAUUAUGCCAAUAAGUGCCGCUUUUGAGCCUUUUUGAUGCAAAUCAGUAGGAACAACAAAGCCUAUGGUACUUGUGGUUUGCAAAUUACAAGUUCAAAAGUCAAUUUGUUUAGCUAAGAUCU